AUGGAUGAAAGGUUCAACAAGUGGCUGCUGACGCCGGUGCUCACUCUUCUCUUCGUGGUCAUCAUGUACCAGUACGUGUCCCCCUCCUGCACCAGCUCCUGCGCCAACUUCGGGGAGCAGCCCCGCGCCGGGGAGGCCAGCCAGCCUGCCGCCCCGGGUCCCGCCCGCCCGGCACAGGCGCCGCUCGAGGACUGGGAGCGACGGCCCCAGCUGCCCCCGCCACCCCGGGGGCCGCCCGAGGGGCCUCGGGGGGCCGCGGCGCCGGAGGACGAGGACGAGGAGCCGGGGGACCCGGAGGAGGAGGAGGCAGAGGAGGAGGAAGAAGAGCCGGAUCCCGAGGCCCCCGAGAACGGAUCGCUGCCCCGGUUCGUGCCGCGCUUCAACUUCACCCUGAAGGACCUGACCCGCUUCGUGGAUUUCAACAUCAAGGGGCGCGACGUGAUCGUGUUCCUGCACAUCCAGAAGACCGGGGGCACCACGUUCGGGCGGCACCUGGUGAAGAACAUCCGGCUGGAGCAGCCGUGCAGCUGCAAAGCCGGCCAGAAGAAGUGCACCUGCCACCGGCCCGGCAAGAAGGAGACGUGGCUCUUCUCCCGCUUCUCCACCGGCUGGAGCUGCGGGCUGCACGCCGACUGGACGGAGCUCACCAACUGUGUGCCGGCCAUCAUGGAGAAGAAAGACUGUCUCCGCAACCACAGCCAUACCAGGAAUUUCUAUUACAUCACCAUGUUGCGGGAUCCGGUGUCCCGGUACCUGAGCGAGUGGAAACACGUGCAGAGAGGGGCCACGUGGAAAACCUCCCUCCACGUGUGUGAUGGGAGGAGCCCCACCCCCGAUGAGCUGCCUACCUGCUACCCCGGGGACGACUGGUCUGGGGUCAGCCUACGGGAGUUCAUGGAUUGCACCUACAACCUGGCUAACAACCGCCAGGUGCGCAUGCUGGCUGACCUCAGCCUGGUGGGCUGCUACAACUUGACUUUCAUGAACGAGAGCGAGAGGAACGCCAUCCUGCUGCAGAGCGCCAAGAGCAACCUGAAGAACAUGGCUUUCUUCGGGCUCACGGAGUUCCAGCGGAAGACGCAAUUUCUCUUUGAGAGGACAUUCAACCUCAAGUUCAUCUCCCCCUUCACGCAGUUCAACGUCACGCGGGCUUCCAACGUGGACAUCAACGAGGGCGCCCGCCAGCGCAUCGAGGAGCUCAACUUCUUGGACGUGCAGCUGUACGCGUACGCGAAGGAUCUCUUCCAGCAGCGCUACCACCGUACCAAGCAGCUGGAGCGCCAGAGGGACCGGCCCAAGAGGCGCGGGGAGCGGAGGCUGCAGCGGGAGCACAGGGGCCGCCGGUGGCCCAGACAGGACGGGAACCCAGAGGGGGCAGUCACGGAGGACUACAACAGCCAGGUGGUGAGAUGGUGA